AUGAGUUCGUCCGUAAGUCUGAGGGUCCGCCUGCCAGUGCUGGUACUAGUGCUGGAGGUUGUCAUUUUAGCUCUUUUUGCUGUCUUUGUCACUUACGACGACAAUGCAAAUGCCAAGCUGCAGAACAACCAGACAAACCCAAUGGACAACUCUCUGUAUCGAGACUAUCCCUACUUUGCAGAUGUGCAGGUGAUGAUCUUCGUCGGCUUCGGCUGCCUGUUGGCCUUCUUCAGAUACUACGGCUUCAGCGGUAUGGUCUUCAACUUUCUCACUGCAACCUUCUCAAUCCAGUGGGCCAUCCUGAUGCAAGGUUUCUUCCAGUUUUACAUUGACGGUAAAAUCCAUCUUGGAGUCAUCAAUCUUCUGAAUGCAGAGUUUGCCUGUGCUGUGGUCCUCAUCUCUUUUGGAGCUGUGAUCGGGAAGACUAGUCCAGUUCAGCUGCUGGUCAUGGCUCUGCUGGAGGUCCCGAUUUUUGCUGUGACAGAGUGGGCUGUGCUGAAAUACAUCAGGAUCAAUGAUGCAGGUGGUUCUAUUCUUAUUCACCUGUUUGCCUGCUACUUUGGACUUGGGGUCACAUUUGUGCUGUAUCGCCCCUGCCUGAACAAGGGCCACCCUAAAGAGACCACCAGCUAUCAAUCUGACAUUCUCUGUGUAUUGGGGACUCUGUUCCUUUGGGUGUUCUGGCCUUCAUUCAACUCUGCUCUAACCAUCAAGGGUGACGACCAACACAGAGCCAUACUCCACACUUUCAUCGGCCUGAGCUCAUCCACCAUGACCGCCUUCGCCCUCUCUGCAGUUUUCAACAAGAGGGGCAAGCUCACAAUGGCUGAUGUUCAGAAUGUGACUCUGGCAGGUGGUGUGACGGUCGGAGCCUCUGUGGACAUGAUGAUUUCCCCUGCAGCAGCAUACGCUCUGGGCAUCAUGGGCUGCACCGCCUGUUUCUUUGGGUACAGGUACCUCACCCCUUUCAUGGCCCGACGCCUCAGGAUCCAGGACCAGUGCGGUAUUCACAAUCUCCAUGGGCUCACCGGCCUCAUAUCCUCCACAGCUGGGAUCUGUGCCAUCCUCCUGGCAACAGAAGAAACCUACGGGCCCAGCAUGUACCAGAUCUUCUCUCAUCGCGCUCCACCUGAGGGAGAUCCAAAGCUGCUGGAGCUGCAAAAGCUGAUCCCAGGGUUGAAACCAGGUCUGGGUCGUACAGCACAGGAACAAGCUCUCUACCAGGUGGCAGCGAUCUUCGCUACCAUUGCAGCAUCUACAGUCGGCGGGUUGAUCACUGGAUUGGUCAUGAACUUGUCCUGUAUGGCAUCCCCACCUGAUGAAGGCUGCUUUGACGAUGAGAUUUUCUUUGACGUGCCCUCUAACUUUGAGAGAUUAGAUGAUUCCAAGAUCACCAUAAAUUACGAAGAGAAUGAAAAAGAAAAAAUCAGCUAUGACACCAAACUGGCUGAGCUGUCACAGAGAGGCAGUUAUUCAAAGUAA